CCCCGAGUACUAGUGCCAAAUCUAAACUGAAGGCCAGGCCAAAACCAGUUGUGUUGUGGACCUCAUCCGACGUUGAAAGGUGGCUGGGCCGCUGUUGCAGUGAUCUCUACGACGAGCACAAGAAAAAAUUCUUGGAGGUGAGGCAAAUUACUCCCCCCGCAGGAUGAAGACCAAUUCAUCUGAUCGUCAAACGGCACAAGUGCCUCCAUCGUCCGAAUGCUCCUACAUUCACAACCACCAACUUCCGGGGCCUAGUUACUCAUCGCCAGCCUCCUUCCUACCUUUUGCCAACCCUGGCUUCAACUUGACUCCUCUCAUGCCAGUGAAGGUCGAAGGAGGUCCUUCUACUGUUGCUGUUGUCCACAGCAGUCCACACCCGGGACGAAAACCGACCCGCCUUGGAGAUGAGCGGCCGUACAUUUGCCUUACCUGCAACAAGGCUUUCAAGCAAAAGGCAACCCUGAACCAGCACGAGCGAAUCCACACCGGGGCCAAGCCAUACUCAUGUCCUGAGUGUGGCAAGUGCUUUCGACAGCAGAGCAACUUGACGCAGCACUUGCGAAUUCACGUCGGCGAGUGCUCAUUCCCUUGCCAAUACUGCCAGAAGAACUUCAAGCAGCGCCACUUGCUUGGUCAGCAUCUUCUGACCCACCACGGCCACCUGGAGGCUAGCCCUACAAUGGUGCCUAAGCAGGAACAGUGGUCUGCAAUGGAGCCCUCAGUUUUGGCUAGCAUGACAGGUUUUCCGGUCCCCACAAGCAGCAAAAGCAAGAAGUAUUUUAACAAAGAUGAGCACCUGCCUGAGCUAAUCCCAAUGGGUCGUAACGCAGCAGGAAUGCCACUCUAUCUUCACUGCACCAUUUGCAAAGAGGACUUCAAGCAGAAAGACACACUCCUCCAGCACGGCUGCAUCCACAUCUCUGCUCGCCCCUAUCAAUGUCUUGAAUGCGGCAAGCGCUUCAAACAGCAGUGUCACCUGAUGCAGCAUCUUCGAAUCCACACUGACGAAAAACCCUACAAGUGCAAUGUGUGCGAGAAGGCAUUCAGGCAGAGGACAAAUCUCAAUCAGCACUUGAAGACUCAUUUUGGCACAGUCACUUCGACUACGAGUCAACCCCCUCCUGGAGCUCCCCCAGAAGAUCCGUCUUCGAACCUCUCGGAACUCUCGGAAGCCAAGCCUGUGAUCUCUGAGACAAUACUCACCAACUAGACUUUAAUUCUAAUCUGGGUUUUGAACAAUCUCGCUUAACGGAAGUGUCUAAUCUCGUCCCUAUAGUUUCUUGUGUAAAUUCCCCCC